UUCAGGUCGCGGCAGCCAUGUCUGGGAGAGGCAAGGGCGGCAAAGGCUUAGGCAAAGGUGGUGCCAAGCGCCACCGCAAGGUCCUGAGGGAUAACAUCCAAGGCAUCACUAAACCUGCCAUCCGCCGUCUGGCUCGGCGUGGUGGGGUCAAGCGCAUCUCAGGCCUUAUUUACGAAGAGACCCGGGGCGUAUUGAAGGUGUUCUUGGAAAAUGUGAUCCGGGACGCAGUUACCUACACGGAGCACGCCAAGCGCAAGACAGUCACUGCCAUGGACGUGGUGUAUGCCCUGAAGCGGCAGGGACGCACUCUGUAUGGUUUUGGAGGCUUGUGUGCUCAGAGCGCGGUCACUAUGUCUGGGAGAGGCAAGGGCGGCAAAGGGCUGGGUAAAGGCGGCGCCAAGCGCCACCGCAAGGUCCUGAGAGACAACAUCCAAGGCAUCACCAAGCCCGCCAUCCGACGUCUUGCUCGGCGUGGUGGAGUCAAGCGCAUCUCGGGGCUCAUUUACGAGGAGACUCGGGGGGUACUGAAGGUGUUCCUGGAGAACGUCAUCCGGGAUGCCGUCACCUACACUGAACACGCAAAGCGCAAGACGGUCACGGCCAUGGACGUGGUGUACGCCCUAAAGCGACAGGGACGUACCCUGUAUGGCUUCGGCGGUUAGGCCGCCGCUGCAGGCCUUACACGUGCGGCUAUCCCAAAGGCCCUUUUUAGGGCCACCCACAUAAUCCUCGGGGGAGCUGGGCACACGUGUGCGCGCGCGCGCGCGCGGGAUUGCUUUGCGCUUUGCAGUUUUGGGGGCGGGUAGUGAUAGCCACAAGCGCUUAACAGCCCUAGGCACCACGAAGCUUUUUGCCAAAGCUUAUUUUGAACGGGGCUGAGGCCUUCCCUGU